AUGUCAGAGUCUCAGGAAUUUACCGUGUUUGUACGGCUUCCAUUCGAAAGAGGGGUUUUUGUUGACCCCCCUCCGCCGGACUGGACCACCAGCAAAGACCAGGCACUAUGGGAUGUGCUUUUGCAGCCAUCUAAAGGAAUAGACUGUAAGGAAUGCACUGUACUACCACCUGAUGCAUCUCAACAAUACUCGUUUGCUAACCCAAGCAGUGCCUCUCGUCUUGACGUUACACUACCGUUCCUCCUUCAGCAGGCAGCAUGGCUUUAUGGCCAUAGACUAGCACAAGUUCGAGCGGAGAUGCGCAAGGCCGGGAACCAGCAACCACUAUCUGCUUCCCAGUCCGGAUCCCAGGAGCCCAGCGGCUAUCCGAUGGUUAGAGGUCGUAGUGGUGAAUCUUCGAUACCGUUGAGAGUAUCAAAUCAGAGCCCGGGCUCACGAGCUGAUGCGGGUAAUUCACCGGCACCAAGCAGAAUUCAAGAUAUUCCUUCCGGAGACCCUUCUCAGAACGUUCCUGCUGGUAUUUUCGCCACUUCAAGAGCAAACCCUUCGAAGCAGAUAGCUUUUCGCAAAGGAGCAUCUAAUGACGUGGCACAAGCUCACAACAAAUAUGAAUCCUACAAAACCAGCUCACCGCUAGUACUUCCUGCUGGUGAAGAGAGUCCGGAACUUCCUUUAUCGUCGUCUGAGUCUGAGUCGGAUGGUUUACACGGGCCUAAGCUUCCAUUCAAACGGCUGGGAAAGUUUUCAUUGCAUAAAGCUUCCGUUGCUAAAGUCAAUAAGGACAGUUGUGAAAACGAAGAUGAGGAGACUUCCCCGGCGUUUCUACCGAUUAAGAACCCAAGCUGGCACCAAGCUUACCCAUCUGCAGUAGACCCUGGGGCUACCCUUCGUGAAGAGCCCGAAAAUGCAGCCCAGCCGCCGCUCCAGCAGGAUACAGCGGCAUCUACGAGCACAAUAAGCUCAGGUAUAGGGUCUGCUGCGUCUGGACAUGAGACGCGACGAAAGCCUCAGCCUCUCGGCCCUUUAAGUCCACGUCGCACCGCAGAGCUUGCAAAAGCCAGCCCACGCAAUCGCACUCGCGGCAGCGACGGAACACCGAGCAUGGGCAGUAGCUUCAGCGACCUUGACGAUAACAGUGUGACCCAGUCGGCCUUGGAAGAGGCCCUGCUCAGCAACAUGCAGAAGAAUGGCGUGGGCAGCAGAAUGAGCACGCUUAGCCAGGCACUACGGAGUAAGUAUUUAUAA